GGUUCCUGUUUAUGCAUUGGAAUCAGUAAGAAAAAAUAACUAAAUGUUCCAUGUGUUCUAUUUAUAUUACCUUUUCACUUGGAUUUACAACAUCUAUUAAAGGGAGUUUUGGGUGAUCAUGGACCCAUGCCAUGGGUGAGCACAGCCUGCUCCAGGAUACCACACCCCAUUGGGGAUGGAGCAAAACUGUAUGGCCCUUUCCCCAAAAAAGUUUACUCAAGAAUUGAACAAUGUUCCCUAUCUCUGAGAAAUUCAACUCACUUCCACUGUACCUCCCUAUGUAGAUUGCUUUAUGUUGGCAGAAUCAGUUAUUUUGAGAAAGUUUUGUCAUUGAAGAGUGGUCUAUAAAUCUAAUUGAUUGAUACUUAAAUGAACAAUUGCUUCCUUUUUGUUCAUAAUAUACCUCAGACUUUGUUCUCCUUCAACUGAUGAUAAAAAAAUUCAGAUAAACUUGGCUUUAUUUUGUCACAAGGACCAUCAGUACUGAGUUGCAACAUAGUAUUAGUGUUUCUGCUUUCUGUACAUAAUCUAUUUCUUAAUCAUCUUAUCCUUUUAUAUUUCUUUUUCUCUUAAUAGAAUGUAUAAUGCAUUCUUAAGUUCCGAUGUUUAUAUGAUGCAGUUUUUGUCACUAUUGGAUUCUGGUGCAGCAUUUAACAGUGAAGUUAUACGGGAAUGCUAUGAGGCUUUUGCAUUAUACUGCUUUGAGAGAUACUUGAUAGCUUGCUUAGGUGGUGAGGAUAAAACGAUUCAAUUUAUGGAAAGGAUGAGCCUUACAGACUCUAGCAUUCCUCUUCUGAAAGAAGCAUAUGCAUAUGGAGUUGUAGAGCAUCCAUUUCCCUUAAAUCUUCUCUUAAGGGAUUGGUAUCUAGGCCCCGAUUUCUAUCAAUCUGUGAAAAUUGGCAUUGUACAAUAUAUGAUACUGAAGAUGAUAUGUGCAUUACUGGCAAUGGUCCUCCAAUCUUUUGGGGUUUAUGGAGAAGGAAAGUUUGAGUGGAAAUAUGGGUAUCCCUACUUGGCACUUAUUCUUAAUUUUAGUCAGACAUGGGCCCUAUAUUGCCUUGUACAGUUCUAUUCUGUCAUUAAAGAUAAGUUGAAACCAAUCAAACCACUGGCAAAGUUUCUAACUUUUAAGUCAAUUGUCUUCCUGACAUGGUGGCAAAGUGUGGCUAUUGCAUUUCUUUUUUAUGUGGGAGCUUUUAGGGGAUCAUUGGCUCAGGAGUUGAAAAUACGGAUACAAGACUACAUCAUUUGUAUAGAGAUGGGUGUGGCUGCCGUUGUACACCUUUACGUCUUCCCAGCAGAACCUUACAAAAGGGGAGAGAGAUGUGUCCGUAAUGUAGCAGUGAUGGCCAACUACGCAUCAUUAGGAUCACCUCCUGAUCCUGAGGAGGUUCGUGACUGUGAGCGCUCAACUAGAACUUCGCUAGGAGGACAUAACGAGAGAGAAAAGCCAAUGAAAUUUACCCAGAGUGUUCGGGAUGUGGUUGUUGGAAGUGGUGAAAUUAUUGUUGAUGACAUGAAAUUUACGGUUUCACAUGUGGUAGAACCUGUUGAAAGGGGUAUUGCAAAGAUAAACAAGACCUUCCAUCAGAUAUCAGAAAAUGUGAAACGCCAUGAGCAGCGGACAAGAAGCACCAACGAUGAUAGUUAUCUUAUUCCGUUGCGGUCGUGCAAACCAGAAUUUUCUGACGUUCAUGAUGCUGUGGUUGAAGGAAGUGUCAGUGACAGUGGCUUGCCCAGUGGAAAGCGACAGCAUCUCCAAUCCAAAGCUACCAGAAGUAGAAGAUAGUGUUUAAACCAACAUUUCAAUGUAUAUAGUCUUGCACGAUUUGAGGUUUAUUUCGACGUGAAAUUUUUAACUACGUCGAUAUAUUUUGGUGACUUUGCUGAAAUAUAUAU